AGUAAGGAGGUCUUUCUUGUUAGGCAGAAGAGGCAUUUAAAUUCUCAUGGGGCUCAGGAGACACAAUAGGUGUUCAAAAUGUAUCUGUGUCUUUAAUACUUUAUUUGGUAUAGGCUCUUUAAAUACUGUGGUUCCCCACAGAGUCAAUAACAUCUGGUUGCUAGUUCACUGCAGCAAGAUAAAAAUACUAUCAAGCGCCUCAUGUGGCCAGGAAAUAGCAGAAACCUUCAAGACUUUCUAACACAUGUCGCUAUAGCAUUGUUGGAAAUGGAUUGCCUUGCUUUCCUCACUGUCGCUGUGCUAUUGUCCUGUACAAGCUGUAUUUUUGUCCCAUUGGAAGGAAAACAUGUGGAUUCUACAAUGAAACUUGCCAGAGAUAUGACUCUUGAAUGUGUCUAUCCAAAGAUUGGAAGAAUAAUCCAGAUGUCGUGGCGUAAGGAAAAUAACAGCAGCAAAGAGAAGAUUGCAGUCUUCAGAUUGCCUUAUGACCUGUCUAUUGCAAAUGGAUAUAAGACUAGAGUCCGCAUUAGUAACAAUACCACAAACAACAAGUCCCUGAUUUUUAACAAUGCUGAUGAGGAAGAUACAGGGUUUUAUCUAUGUUCCUUUCACGCAUUUCCACAUGGAAUCUGGGAAAAGCGAAUACAGGUUGUGCAAUCAGAUGAUUCUAAGUCACAAGUCUUUUUGGAUCCUGAUGUUACUGCAGAUUCCCAAGUUACUAAACCAAGGCGAAAUGUCACCAUAAUGUGCUGGCAUGACUCUGAUAUCACAGUGAAUCAAGUGAUAUGGGAAAGGGUUCAAGUAGACCGUGUGGACUUCAUAGGUCAGUGUCUUGAAUCUGGUCUGCAGGUCUACGGUUCAGAUUAUGAAGGGCAUGUACAGAUAGACUGUGCCACCGAAGAGUAUAGCACCCUUGUCCUGUGGAACGUCUCAGCUAGUGACGCUGGGUUAUAUCACUGUUCCUGCUUUGGAGCAAAUGGCAAAAAUGAAUCUGGAUGGACAAAACUGACCAUUACUGGUAACGUUCCUUUGAUUUCUAUGCAGCACAUUGUCUUCAUUGCUGGAGCUUCCGCAAUACUGAUAAUAAUCACCUUGGCCAGUGUUGUGGCUAUUGCUUAUCACAAAAGAAAGAAAAAUAAGAACAAGAGGAUCAACAUGAUGAAAAUCUUUUACGCACAGGACCCCAUUGUUCUCUGACCAGUGAGGGAAAGUGAGAUGGAGGGCAGAGAAGGCAAUUAUGAAAAACAGUACUGAAAAGCAACAUUUGGGAUAAAAGACCAGUGCUACCCAGCAUCAAAACAAGGUGCACAUUAUUUACCUAUUGCAAGCAUCUUAAGUCCAAAGCAAGACCUAUGGAAUAUUUAGGUCAGCCAUAGUUGAGGUAGUUGAACUCAUAGGUGGUCGGUACAAACAGGAGUGCCUUACUCUGGAAUUCUGGGGGUGAGGCAACCCCUUCACUACUCCAUCCUUGAUAGUAAUAGGGUACAAGAGUAAGAUCAAUGGGUGGUUUUAUGCAUCUGUGCCUUUAUAUAAGGAAUUUGCACCCCUUCCAUGUUGUUGAAUUCCAACUUCUAUCAGGUUUGACCAACAUGGUGGUUGGUCAAGAAAAAAGAUGACAGUGGUAGUCCAGAAACAUCUGAAAAUCAAGAAAUUCCCCAUCCUGCUUUAUAUUUUCCAGGUAUCUUAGACAGAAGGAAAACCAAUUUGUUCUUGCACUAAUACUUCUGGCGCUCUGUAGCCCGGAUGGUACAUGAAGGCUUCUGGCUUGGGAUACAAAAUUCUAUGAAUCCUUUGGAUCUCCUUAAUUCCCAGCUCAGAAUAUGCCCAAUUGGCUACAGCAAAUUUAGGACAUAACAGAUAUAGACAUUUAAUCUGUUACUAAGAGUCACAUUGUGCAUUUAAGUACAAUAUAAGAAAAAUCCCUCCUGGUCAGAUUAGAUAAUAUACAUCACACAUUUUCAGAAGAGGUACUCCCUCAAAUGGUAAAAGAUGUCUCUCACAGUAUGUGAUCUUCCUCAAUCUAAGAUUUUGUAUUUAGUGUCUUUUGUUAUGGGAAUAAACACAGGCUUAGUUUACAAUCUGACUUCUGCAGCAUUUAACCACAGAAAAUCCUGUUAAAUUGGGGUGGUGGUGGUGGUGCUAAAUAGGUUCAUCAGAAGAAAUGACAAUUUAUUCUGAUGAAGAAAUUGAUCCUGAGUUUCAUUUCUAUUAGGAGGGUAUCCGUCUUUGCUGAGUCAUUCUUCUAUCUGCUUUUCUCCU